AUGGGGGUUGUGCAAAGAAAACUAUACCGAUUGCAGGGUAGAGUACGUACUGAGGAGGGUGAUAAAUCGGGGUUUCUUACGAAUAUCAGUGGCGUAGAGAUUCCUCCGGAAGUGGUGCAGUUGCUCCAGUUAGGGCCCAAAUUUUCUCUUCCCCCUUGUGGACUCCCGCUUCUCCAUCUCAUUGCCGACAUAGAAGAGGUGGUGGGUAGUGCUGAGUGUGUGGGGAGAAGGGAUGUCCUGCGGGCUGAUCUGGUAAAUAUUCUACAAAAUGCCAUUCACGGUACUUCUCCAGCUGAUCCAUUCGAAAGAAGACUUCGUGAAUGGAUGAAGAAAACGGCUGAAUUUGGCCGGGAACAGGGGAGUGGCUUGGCAAUCCUGCAAUCCGACAAGGGUAAUAGAACUGUGAUCAUGAGCAGGACUGAGUACGAUGAAAAAAUGAGAGUAUUAGUACAGGACACUAGCACCUAUGAAGAAAUUAGCAGGGAUCCAACUUCAAGAUUCCAAUUGAGAAAUAAUGAUCUGGUGAGAGCUGUGUAUAAUAAGGAGAAGAUAAAUAGUUAUCAAAAAUCACAAUUAACUACUUACAAGGCAAUUGCCCCUCGGAUUUAUGGUCUCCCAAAGGUCCAUAAACCAGGAGUACCGCUGAGACCUGUCGUUUCCUAUAUAGGAAGCCCUAAUUAUGCUCUCGCCAAGUUUGUGGCCUCCCUGCUCUCACCCCUAACGGAUAGUCCAUAUAAUGUAAAGAAUUCCCUGGAGGUUUCACGUUUUGUUACGGGGCAGGUCCUGCCUGAGGGAUACAUCGUGGUGAGUUUGGACGUUGUCUCCUUGUUCACAAAUGUCCCCAUUGACUUGGUUAUGAGCGAGAUUGAGGUACGAUUCCACGAAAUAGAACCCCACACGCCAUUAGAAAAAUCAGAGGUGCUGCAACUCGCGGAAUUUUGCCUGAGAUCAGGGUAUUUUACCUAUGCAGGUAAAUUUUAUCUUCAGAAGGAUGGUGUGGCUAUGGGAUCCCCUAUAGGCCCAAUCGCGGCGGACAUAGCAAUGCAAAAGGCACUGAACACGAUAUUGGAGGACCCUCCGUUUCGCAUAGGUUUCGUGAGAAAGUAUGUGGAUGACCUCCUGGUGUCGGUGCAUGUGGAUGAUGUGGGCCCUCUGAUGUCACAAUUUAAUGCUUUUCACCCUAAAAUUCAAUUUACGGUGGAGAAGGAAUGUGAGGGUGUCCUGCCCUACCUUGACUUAACAAUACAUAGAGAUGCGACAAAUACCCUUAGCACUGUCUGGUAUUGCAAGCCAAAUUCCUCCCAAAGGAUGCUAAACUAUUAUAGUGCACAUCCACAAAGCACCAUCAUCAAUGUGGGGAGGAACCUCAUAGGCAGGGCACGUUUAGUCACCACGAAAUCUGGAGUAAAUUUGGAUCCCGUCAUGAGAGAUAUUCUCAAGAGAAAUGAUUUUCCUGAGAGAAUUAUUAGGAGACUACUCAGGGAGUCCUCACCACAAUCGGGUAGAUCAUCCCCGGCUCAGAUCCUACAGUCUGAGAGAUUCUUCACUCUCACCUACAUCAAAGGUGAAAGACCCAGUUCCUAA